AGUGACAGACAGAGAGAAAGAGAUAGAAGCAGAGGCAGACUGAGGAGGAGAGAGAGAUAUUCGGAGGAGAGAUAAAGGCAGGAGGCGGGUUGGGCUGGGGGGGAGGCACACACAGCGCUGUGAGUGUGAAGAGGAGCCUCAGAGCCUGUGCGUGUGUUAGUUAGAGAAAGCAUAGUGCAGAGGGAGAACGUAUGCAGCGUGAAGGAGGAGAAGAGCAGCGCCGGGAGAGUCAACGCAUGUUGCCAGAUUGAGAGAGACAGAAGCAACGAGGACUAGGAGGAGGAGAGGGAAGCAAGGAUUUCAAGUGCUUGAGGGAACGUAGAAAAGAGGAGAGAGAAGGGGAGGAGAGGCAGUUUGGUCUCAGUCAAGUAGAGAGGCAGACAGGGAGCAGUGUAGAGCCAGCAGUACUGCAUUGUGGAUGUAAACUUUAUCAUCUGCGGGAUCAGUGGGUAGCAGCUGCAGAGCAGGAGGAGAGCGUGCCGGUGGAUUACCAUGUGUGUCCUCUGAAUGCACCAGGAUGCUGCAUCUCCACCAGGGGAAAAGCUGGCCGUGGCUCGCCUGCAGAGGGAGGUCGCACGGAGCAAGAGCGAAGGAACAAUGCGAGAAAAGCUGAUCCACGAGCUAGAGGAAGAGCGACGCCUGCGACUGGAGAGUGAGAAGCGUCUCCGGGAAGUGACGGAGGAGUCAGAGCUGGGACGGGCACAGAUGGUUUCACUGCAGCAGCAAUUCACCAGGAUGGAAGAGACGGUGCGGUCGCUGCUGCAGAAUCAGGGCGUUGUGGAGCACACUGCUGUGGACACAGUGGACAUCAUGAAGGCCUACAAGGAUAAACUCUCAGAGGAAGUGCAGAAACAGCAUGAUGGCCCCGAAGAGAAUGGCUCCCUGCCGCAAACGGAGCCAGACCCAGGGCUUGAUCCUGAUGCCAGCCAAGCAGAAGAGGACAAAGACAAAACCAAACUCCUUCUGGAUCGCCUCAAGGCCCUGGAGGAAAAGAAUUCUGCUUUGGCCUUGGAAAAUGAGAGCCAGAGGGAACAGUAUGAACGCUGUCUAGAUGAGGUUGCCAAUCAAGUUGUGCAGGCACUUCUCACCCAGAAGGAUCUGAGAGAGGAAUGCAUGAAGCUGCGAACUCGAGUUUUUGACCUCGAGCAGCAGAAUCGGGCGCUGGGUAUUCUGUUCCAGCAACGGAUCAAGCCUGCCUCGGACCUGCUUCUCCAGAAACUCCACUCUCGGAUCAUGGAUCUAUCUGCGGCAGAUUUACUUCUGGAGCCAGAGAGAAGCAAGGCCUUCUUGCUUUCCAGGAAUACAGACUCUCCCUCCAGUGAGGUUCAGUUGAACGGAAAGGCAGGUCUCCCUGUGGCCAAGUGUCUGAGCCAGCUGAGUCUGACAGUGCCGGCGCCUGUGUACCCACGCAGCAGCUGUAGCAGUAGUGAGUUGUCCCUGUCAAGUGCGUGUAGUGAAUUCUCCAGCGGCUCCUACACCUGGAAUGAUGGACGCUCCUGUGGGAAAAUGUCAUCUCUGACUUGGGAGAAGAGGCUGAGUUUGGGUUCAUCAGCCCCAAGUAAUAUCUGUGCCGCCCUUGAGGAGCAGCUGCCCACAAGGCGCAAGGAGAGCAAUAUACUCGAGGGACUGAGAAAGCUCCAGAGGAGGAAACACAGGAGCUCCUCUGCUUCAUCCAAGGUCUCAAAGUCAGACUGUAUGAACUCCAACGAGGGCAUCUAUUCUCUGGGUAUCAAGAGUGGCAGUAAAGGGGUGUCCAAGCCUACCCAUGUGGGUAGAACUUCAGCUGCUGGGGGCAAAAAGUUCUCUUAUGAUUCUGAUGAUGCUGAUGAUGAAUUGGCACUUUCCAGUCGAGGAGAUAACAUCCCCACUAAGGACAGCUGGUUUUACUGUAAGAGGCUCUCCCGCAGCAUCUCAGACAGUUUGUGCAGCUGGGAAGGGAUACAGGACAGUGGAGGUGGAGGUGAUGGUAGCUCAGGUAACAUGGCUACGAAACACCCUUCUGGGUGUGACUCAAAAGAGCGUCCUGACAAACUCAUGAGUUUCAUAGACAGUUUUCUCCCUGAGGGCGGGCGGAUAUCAGCUUUUACUAAACCAUCCUUGCUGCACUUCAACCCCGCUGACCCAGAGGGUCCUAAUCACCUCUCUGACGUGGAUGAUCCAGAGGACCUCAACUCUGAGUCUAAUGACAUCCGAAUGUCCUUUAGCCAGCCACUGGAGCAAGCGGAGAGGGACUCCAAGAGAGUGUCAAGAGAUGCUGCCAAGCUGCUCACACAACAGUGCUUGCGAAGAGAGCAGGGACGCACCCAGUCUGCAGAUGGGAGGCCCAGGCCUUUCAGCUUAAUUAAGGAGCCCAAAGGGGCCAAGUGUACUCAGUCUGAGGAGAGCAUACUGGCAAUAUUUGAUGCAGAAGGAGAGCCUAUUGAACUUUCUGCUCAUAAGCUCACAACAGGUGCUGGGCUUCGAAAUGACAUUCAAAAUAGCAAGGUAGUUGCUGAUUACACAGAGCUAGCACCCCAAGAGAGGCCAACAAGGCAAAAAUCAGCAAAUACAAGAAACUACACUGUUCUUGAGUCUCCAGAGAAACCAUCUGAAUGUCAAAUUAGGUCUAGUAAAACAAGCAAUAGCAGGGAGGGCAGUGCAGAGAGGGUGUCAAUGCAGCUGACUCCACAAAGGAAACUUAUCAAACCACCAAGCAGCCGACCUAAUAAAGGCCAUUCCAUCCCUCCCAUGAGCGAUUCUACUGCUCCCAAGUCCAGUGGUUCAAAGAUACCCGGUCGUAACAAACCUUCAGGGUCCCCACUGAGAGUGUCAAAGGGCUCUUCCACUGAACCAAGUAAUAGUGGAAACUCAGGACUCUCUAGUCAGGAGAAAUCCCCCUCCUCUCCUGCAGUUAAAAUGUCCAGGUUCAUAAAGACUUCAGGAACCUGUUCACAGAGCCCAAAGGCGGUGAACUCCAAGCUCCCCGGCAGGGCCGAGUGUAGUAAGGGUUCCUCCUCCAGUUCCCCACACCUCUCAAGGAGGCACCUGGAGUAUGCUGACAAUGGUGAACAGCCCACCAGAGACAAACACUGUGAAACCAGCAAAAAUAAACUCAGGUCCCCGUCUCCUCCCCCUCCCCCGGGCCGCACCACCUCCUUACUAAUCAGACCAAAUUACGAAGGGUCGCCUCAAGCACAUAAAACAUGGGUGGCUCAAACAUCCACAUCAACCACUGUGAGGGGCCCUCCCCCAAGUUACCACAACUCACUUGUACCAAAUAUGCAAACAACGCUACCCAUCAAGGAUAAAGACUGUUUAGACUUGGAUGCAGGCUACGGGACUGCACUUGCACCUCAGAAACUGGUCGAGAAAACCAGUCAGCACCUUCAAAAGUCCCCUGCCAUGACUCAGACACCUACAAAAGGCACUUCCAAGAGGAUGACUACAAAAGACUACCUCCCUUCUGCAAACUCAGGGUGUGCUCCAGAAACUGAACAUGCACCUAAAAGCUCAAAGAAUGUCCCUCCUCCCUACAGUGCCCUCAGAGGGUCCUCGCUUCAGAACUCAUUUGCAAGUAAAAGAGGAUCAACCCAUGAAAAUGUCUAUCAGACAGUGCAGAAGACAUCUAUUAGUUUACCUUUAUCGCUUCAGGAUGCCCCUCAAGGUAAAGCAGAGCCACAAAAAGCUGUUGUCAGCCCACCAAGCUCGGUUAUUACUUCCCCAAACACUGCAGAUAAAGCCUCAAAGACUCGCAUCCCAAUGGGGUUUAAAGCUUUUUUAAAAUCUCCCCCAAGCCAUAAAAAUAGUCCCUCUAUACCAGGCAAGCAAGAGAAAGAUCAUAUCAACUCAGUCUCCAAGGAAACUGUGACCUCAAAUGCUUCUACCCAGUGUGACAGCUUGCAGCCAGCAUUCAGUAUUGAUUCGCCAUCCAAGAUGUCAGAGGGGAAAGGUGACGUCCAGUGUAGGUUACUGGAAGAAGAAGAAGUACAAGCUACAGAGGAAGGGGAGGUUUGCGAUAAAGGGAAAAGGAGUAGUCAGCUUUUCUCUAGAUCCAUAUCUGUUUCCACCAAACCUCAUCUAAAGCCGGCUCUGGGGAUGAAUGGGGCUAAAGCUCGUAGCCAGAGUUUCAGCACCAACUACAUUGAAAAACCCAACAUCAGUGCACUAGAUGGGCUGGGAAAAGUCCGAACACAGAUCAUCACCAACUCAGGUGAAAGGGGGAACUCUUUGUCAAGACAGAGUUCGUUGGAGGUACCAAGUGUUGGGUUAACAGACAGCCCUCUCCAUUCCCCCAGGACUCGGCUUAGCCACUAUGGAGGCAUGACAGGAUCAAAUAGUCACAACAUCCUCCCUGAGAGAACUUCCAAAUCAGGCUCCAAAGGUGAAGGGUCACAGGGCACAGCGAAAGGAGAGGCAAUCACUUCGCCUUCUCAAAAAGAGGCACGUAGCUUACCCAUAAGCGAUCGAAUUGGUGUGAACAACAUCCGUAAGCCAGCAAAAGUUGCCUCUCAUCCUCAGUUUCAACCUCCCUCCUCUUGUGUGUUUAGCUCAGAAAACCCGGUGCAAGAGACCCCUAAUGAGCCAGACUUUAGGAGGGAAGUCAAAACCCAGACAGACUCUCCAGAUACAGAGGAUAAAAAAAACAGCCCAACAGUCUGCACCAUUGAGGAGAAAGUCAUGAUGGGAAUCGAAGAGAAUCUGCAGAAAUAUCAAGAACAGGAGAAGGUCGCUGCCAGCGAGGCCAAACAGAAGACAGGCCCCUCUCUGGCAAACUGGUUCGGCCUCCGUAAGAGCAAGCUCCCAUCUCUUAGUGGUAAGAAAGCAGACUCCCCCAAGGGGAAAGAGGAGAAGAAAGAGAUGAAGAUUGGAUCAGUGCUUGGAGGCAAACAGAUGAAGUCUGACAAGAAGAAGGAUAAGAAGAAAAAUGAUAACCAGCAGAGAGACAGUCAGGAGGUGCAGAAUCUGUCUGAGAUGAACAACAAGCUGAGCUCCAUCAUGGACCACUGCAACAACCAGAUGGGCCAGAUUGCCAGCCAGAUCCAGUGUACAACUGCCUUCAUCGGCAAAGACCAGUUUGUGAAAGAGCUUCUUGGCAGGACUGCUGUGAAGGGCAACUGUGUGGCUGCGUCGCCGCCUGGGAUCUCCACGCCCAAGAAACACAGUGAAAUGAAGGGAGAUAUGGAGAUCUGUCCAGAUACUGCUACCCUUAUAAUGACUCAGAAGAUCAACCUGAGGGCUGAAAAUGAGGAGGGACGCAUUCCAGACACAGUUUGUCAAGACCACAUGAUAGGCUCCGGCUGUCAGAUGAGAACCCUGGACAGCGGGAUCGGCACCUUCCCUCUCCCCGAUUCCGUCACACGGGCCAGCGGUCGCCACAUCCCCAAAUCUGAAUCCAGCCCAGGUGGGGUGACCGCCAGCUCCUCUGACCUCAGUCGGGAGCCUCCCUCUUCUCACCCAGACCCCUCUCAACCUGAUGUGAAAGUGCCUUCCCUCCUAAAAUCCUGCCCGCAUGCCCCGACUGGCAUGGGACACUCCCUGUCCGACCCCAGUGUGUCCAGCAACAAUGACACCCAGAGCCGCCUGCCCAAAUUAGCAACCUCAGAUGCAAUCAGGACAAAGAGGUUGAGUCUUUGUGCUCCACAAAGCAACAUCUCCACAGAGGAUAAAGACAAGGAAACAGAGAGGAGGAUGAAAUCCCAGGAGCAUGAUAUGCCCGGUGAGAGAGCCCUGCAAGUGUGUACGUACCCGGGGAGCAGCAGUGACACCGAGACUGAACCAGAGGGAACCAGAAGCUCACCACAAAGGACCCUGAUCAACAGAUCUAAGAAGAGUGACUCAGUCGACCAGAACGAGGAGACCCUGAAGAGAAGCAGUGUGGAGAAAUCCUUGUCAAUCAUGGACUACUACCAGCACGACAUGUACUCGCAUCUGGAGAAGGACAGCAGGAGGAUUUCUCAGUACAACUUGUUGCAUAAGGAGUCAUCCCUGGAUGGCAAAGCAGGAGACAGGCUCAGCAAAGAGAUUCCCAUGGAGAAGACACCCGUCAGCGCAAACCCGCCUCUCGACUUCUCUCUGGAGUCCCUGAACAAGCUGAAUCACAGCAGCUCCAGCAGCACCAGCCUCGGCAGCCGCAGAGGUGACUGCAACGCCGACGCGGGGAAAAGCGGGGAGGACUGCUGCAAGGUGGACGAACCCUCCUCCUCCAGCUUCUCAAGCAAGCCCGGGGCGGAUCCUGUGGGCUCCCUCAGCGACUCACUGUACGACAGCUUCUCCUCCUGCACCAGUCAGGGCUCCAACGAGGUGUAGGGGGCAACGAGUAAGAAGGCAGGGCUGUAGAGUCUCCUCUGACAUCUUGGACAUGUCAAGUUUAUGUCCACUUUUUCUCUCCUUGUCCAAUUUUUAAGCAUGAAUUUUGCAAGUAAUAACAUACUUCCAUCACCAGAAAAAAAAAAUGUUGGCAUUGUACGUUUUUGCAAACCAUGGAUAUAAUACAUUUGCACAGUGUUAUGUAGUGGAUAUGUUUCAGCAACACUGAUUAUCAUGUGGUUAGGUUUAGACAUAAAAACCACUUGGUUGUGGUUAAAAAAAGGAUGAUAUUUUGGCUUAAAAUACUUGGUUUGGGAGUCACAAUCACAGCAGGACAAGCAGCAAUGUCUCAGUAAAAAACAACCACUAUUUUUGGUACAAUCCCUGCCUAGUUUGGUGCCUAAAAAGCAGCUUAAAAAACAGACUGGUUGCUACAAAAUGCCUGCAUUAGGUGCCUAAAAUGCAGCUGGAAAAACACUGACUGGUUGCACCUGAACACCUGCGUUUGGUCCCUAAAAAGCCACUAGAAACACACCGACAGGUUGCUACAAAACACCCAGAGCUGGAGCCUAAAGCUGCUGGAAACACGGCAGUGACUCGUUAAAUCCCACCAGUUCUGUUGUUUGUUAGUCUCGAUUAGUGGUCUGCAUCUUGCCUAGGUGACCGGUCACCAACCCCUCCAUCUCCAGAUGACAAAUUCAGCACAUAUAUGUCACAUUAGAAACACUGAUAAAAUAUCUCUAAAAUGUUCAAAUAUAACAUAUUCAUGGUUUGCGGAAAAAUACAAGUUGGGGCGAGCUGGUGUGUUCUGGUGUUGCUCCCAAGCCUCUUUGGAUCUGGUUUUGAUCAUGCUUUUCUUUCCCCUGAGUUUGGCAUUGACGUGGUCUUGACUUUAGGUCUGCCACAACACACGGAGCCCUGCCCUCUCUACAUACGACACAAAGCACUUAGUGGAGCUGGAGACACGAGGACAAGACCUCAACCCAAACACCAAACCAGGACUUUUAAUAGUUUGACUCUGGGUGCGGUGGACUGGACAGCAAUACCCAACGUUGUCUCAUUGCAAAUGUUUUUCUCCCCAUGCCGGGGAUCUUCUUAUCAUUGCACUGUAACAAAUACUGUACAAAGUUUGUAAGGAGUGUAAAGUGAACGAUUAUUCAAGCAGCGAUAAGCAGGGCGUCUUUUUGGGGCAACACUGGUUGGCGUACAACAAAAUCGUUUGCAUUCCUGUUUGCUAGGAAAGUAGAUUUAAACCUAAGGUGUCAUUUUAUGUUUUGCUGCUAAGUACGUUGCCCGUUGAAGUUGCCCAAAUAUUGUGGAAUCACAACCUGUAAUAAUCAACCUGCUUUAUCUUCUCCUUUGAAGCAAUACUUUUAAAACUAAUAGGAUUUAGCUUUUAUUUCAUUUCUGUUCAUUUUAAAUUGUGUUGUUUUGAGCAGUUAUGCUGCCAAUAACGCCAAGAAAACAGAAAUUUGUGCAAAAAUGAUCACGAUUCAGCUAACAAUGCUUAUUUUUAGCAGCAGUGAUGUCAACUAUUGUGUUUCCAUGUGGUACAUUAACCAAUACAAAUAUUUUUCAGUGUCUGACCAGUACAUAUUUACAACAAACGAUCAGCUUUUUUGGCUUGAACGCACCAUUGCGUGUCAUUGUGUCAUUGUUGGUAGCUCAGGGAACAUACUGGACUAAUGUAGAUUGUAAAAUGUUGACAAAUACAAACAGCAAUCUUAUGCUUUUUUUUGUUGUUGUUUUUCAGUUCCUGAUGCAAACUCCAGAAUCCAAACAGCUUAGUUUAUCUCAUGUAGCAUAGUGUAUACCUGAACUCUCCAAACCUCACUUUUCCUUUCAUAGUUGUAUAUUAUGUUGUAUAUAAAAAUAAGUUAAUAUCAGAAUGGGCAUUGCUGAUUGAUAUAUGCAAAUAAGUAAAAAAAAGAUGUAAAUUGUUUGCCAAUCAUUCAACCAAGGUUUUAAGUUUUGAAAAUCUUUUUUUCUUAUGGAAUUCUUUAGGGGUUCUUCUUUAAAGCGAAAUCUUUAUUUUGAUCGAUAAGACUAAAAUAUUUUAUCACUUUAUUUUAAAGACAUAUUUGAGCUUUUAGGUGAGCCAAAUUUCUCUCUGGACUUUGACCAGCUGGUGCUAAUCAACAGAGCCGACUGUGUGUUUCAAUUUUUCUAUGAAACUGUUAAUACUGUAUGAAGAGAGUCUGAAGUGUGUAUUUUUCUAGGUGUCCAGUAUUUAUACCCACAUUUUGUACUGUCAGACUGUAGUGUGAUUGUCAUGCUUCACCUCUCUCCUUAAAUGUUCCUUUGUAAAGAGAAAUGGUUACCAGCAGUGUUACUUUGGUAAUUAUUAUUAAUGUUAUUGUUAUUAUUAUUAUUAUUACUGUGUGCAAUUUUGUCUGUUACACCAGACUUUAAUGCUAUAUUUUAUGUAACUAUUUCCUAAAUAAAUAUGAGAAACUAUUUCCUAUUUCAAA